UGAUGGUAGCAACAACAGAUAACGACACAGGUGUAAAUUAUAAGUUGGUAGAAUCCAAGAAAGAAAGGAUUCCAGCUUUUAGUUUAACUACUUUAUGUAACCAAAAUACUCACUUUCCAGAUUCGUCAAGUUUUCACAACAUAAGCUUAUCAGCGCCAACUCCAUUAAUACAAGCCAUACAAGCGGAUUCUGGGUUAGAAGUACAAAUAUCAGUAGCUAACUCACCAUGCGAAGGGAGUAUUGAAAUAGUUGGAGGACUCCAGUUAUGUCAUCAGACUAAAGGUGUAAAUGUUGUUUGCUUGAUGAACACGCAUGUGGAAUAUGUAGAUUAUAUCACAGCUGGAUGUGAUACAUGUAAUACAAGGGGAAUUACUAAUUUGAACAGAGUGGAGUAUUCAAGUCCAAAACCUGUUUAUGGUGAUUUUAUGCACACAGCUCUUGCAUCAUAUGGUG